AAAUAGAGCAGCUCAGUCGGUGCUCAGCUCAGAACAAAACAACCACAAAAAGAGACAACAGCAGAGAAUUUGAGACCAAGCAAAAGGUAAAAUGGAAAACUUCGACAUUUUAGGUGGCGAUUAUGAAUACUCAGAUUACAACUACACUGAGAUCGGCAACAUCACUAUACCUGAAGGAACAUUUUUACAACACAAACCAAGUUGUCUGAAGGAAGGCACGUGUGUGCUUCUGACUGCAAUCAAUGUGGUAAUUUUCCUGCUGGGCUUUUUUGGGAACAUGCUGGUCAUCUGGAUCUCUGGCUUUAAGAUGAGGAAGACUGUGAACACCACUUGGUACCUGAGCCUUGCCAUCUCUGACUUUUUCUUCUGUGCUUUUCUGCCAUUUAACAUCUCCUACAUGGCAAUGAAAGAGUGGCUCUUUGGUUCCUUCAUGUGCAAGUUCACCUCUGCAGCAAUGUUCAUCAACAUGUUCAGCAGCAUCUUCCUCCUCAUCGUCAUCAGCAUGGACCGCUGCGUGUCAGUCGUGUUUCCAGUUUGGGCCCAGAACCACCGCUCUGUCCAAAAGGCAUCAGCUGUGGUUGUUUUCGCUUGGCUUCUCGCCAUCGGAAUGAGCAUUCCCUCAAUGAUCUUUCGUGAGGUCCAGACGAUUGAUGGAAAUCAGGUCUGCUUCAACAAUUACGUCCGAAAACAACACAGUCACAAGAUUAUUGCUGUGACCCGCUUCAUUGCGGGUUUUGUGGUUCCGUUCACCGUCAUUAUCAUCUGUUACUCCAUCAUCAUCUUCAAACUUCAAAACAACAGGAUGACAAAAUCCUCCAAACCCUUCAAAGUAAUGACUGCACUCGUUGUUACAUUUUUUGUGUGCUGGCUGCCUUACCAUGUGUUUUCCCUGCUGGAGCUGAACCACCACAACCAUGACCACAACACUUUAACCACUGGACUUCAAGCGGGUGCCAUUUUAGCAUCAGCAAACAGUUUCCUCAAUCCAUUGCUGUACGUCUUCAUGGGAAACGACUUCAAGAAGAAGCUAAAGAGCUCUUUGCUUUCAAAGAUGGAGAACGCAAUGGCUGAUGAAGGACGCACUACCAGUCGAUACCUGUCCAGGUCCAGCUCAAUGGACGGCAGAGCUUCCACGCACAUUUAGAGGCGUGGACGCUUAAACGAAGCAAAAAAAAAAAAAAAUGUCUAGAAAUAUAUUUUGACAGUGAGUACAUUUCAUUAAAUAUAUAUUAAAAUCAAAUCUGUUUGUAUUUACUAAAAAAAAACAGUCAUGUAAGUGAUGUAAAUGAUAUGGUUCUAAGUAUAGAAUCUUUAUUAACACAUUGUCAAAAAAGUGUGCAGCAAGAGAUGACAACAACUCCACUCACGUCUGGUAAAAACAGUUCAGAGUAAGGAACAACGAUAUUUUCAUGCCCUCCAUCUUGGUCCGUUGCACAUUAAAGAGUAGAAUCCGAACUUUGUUGCUGUUAUUACAAUUUUGUCACAUGGCACUCUGAACAAUCAAGUCAACCCAGUCUGGUCCAAAGCCAGAAAAUGUUUCUGCCAUUUUUCAAAGAGCAAACCUUUGGUGGAUGUACUGCUUGAGAGCAUGCUUGAAUGUAAAUAUAUAAGGUUUUUGCAAUGGAUGAGUGCAUUGUUUGUAUUUGCAUAUAAAAUACAACAGAUUUUUAUAAAUCUUGAUUCUUUUAAAAGAAGUCAUGUAAGGAAAUGUGUACAUAUGUAAUUUGAUAUAUAAAAUCUUUAUUGUCAUCUGUUCAAUAAAAAACUGAAUCUGUU